CGAGCCGGGGUUUCCCGGGCGGGCAGCACGGGCGGGGCGGAGGGAGGAGGGGAAGGAGGGAGGUUCACCGCGCCCAGGCUGUCGCUGCUCGAUGGCUGCGGGGAGCUGAGGGGGCUGAGGAGGAGUCGAGACCCAACGACACCCCCUCCCCCGCGGAUCCCUCCUUCCCGCUCGGCACUGCCGCCUUCCCCGGGACCCGCCGGGCGCAGCGCGGGCGGCUCCCCUGCUCCUCCUCCUCCUCCGCCCCCCUUCCCUCCCCAGGCCGGCGGGACGCGGGCAGGACCGCGGGCGGCGGACGGACCGGCCCGGUUCAUGAGCAGCGGCCGGGAGGGCAGAAGGCAUAUGAAAUCUGCAACACUUCUCCUGCAUUAUUGAGCGUGCAGCGCAGGACAAUAAUGGUGUGUGUUUUGGCCUUUGCUAUUGUGUAUUCUGUGUGCUGUUAGUGUGCCAGCAUAAAUUUACUUGUUUACAUUUCAGAAUUUACAUGUUUGACAGCAGAAGUUGGCUUUCUACUGUAGUGAAAGAAAAUAUUUCUGGUUGUUUCAGAGGUGGCAGUGGAGCACACCUUUAGCACAGGAAAAUGAGUGAGCUUGACCAGUUACGCCAGGAGGCCGAGCAACUGAAAAACCAAAUCAGAGAUGCUAGAAAAGCAUGUGCAGAUGCCACCCUGGCUCAGAUCACAGCCAAUAUCGACCCAGUGGGGAGAAUCCAGAUGCGCACUAGGAGAACACUCCGGGGACACCUGGCCAAAAUUUAUGCAAUGCACUGGGGGACUGAUUCCAGGCUUCUAGUUAGUGCCUCCCAGGAUGGUAAACUUAUAAUUUGGGACAGCUAUACUACAAACAAGGUGCACGCGAUUCCCCUGCGCUCCUCCUGGGUCAUGACUUGUGCAUAUGCUCCCUCUGGGAAUUAUGUGGCUUGUGGUGGGCUUGACAACAUCUGCUCCAUUUAUAACUUGAAAACUCGUGAAGGGAAUGUCCGUGUCAGCCGUGAGCUCGCUGGGCACACAGGCUACUUGUCCUGCUGUCGUUUCCUGGACGAUAAUCAGAUCGUCACCAGCUCUGGUGACACCACUUGUGCUCUCUGGGACAUAGAAACUGGUCAGCAGACAACCACAUUUACUGGGCACACUGGAGACGUGAUGAGUUUGUCCCUUGCCCCUGAUGCCCGGUGUUUUGUUUCUGGUGCCUGCGAUGCCUCUGCCAAACUGUGGGAUGUUAGAGAAGGAAUGUGCCGGCAGACCUUCACCGGCCACGAGUCGGACAUCAACGCCAUCUGUUUCUUCCCCAACGGCAAUGCCUUUGCCACGGGCUCAGACGAUGCCACGUGCAGGCUCUUUGACCUGCGGGCUGACCAGGAGCUGAUGGUUUAUUCCCAUGACAACAUCAUCUGUGGCAUCACCUCUGUAGCAUUUUCCAAGAGUGGCCGCCUGCUCCUAGCUGGGUAUGAUGACUUCAACUGCAACGUCUGGGACACACUGAAAGCUGAUAGAGCAGGUGUCCUUGCUGGUCAUGAUAACCGUGUCAGUUGCUUAGGUGUGACUGAUGAUGGCAUGGCAGUGGCAACAGGGUCAUGGGACAGCUUCCUCAAGAUCUGGAACUGAAGUAGAUGUUUCUGUGUGCCAGAAGAGCAGCGGACUCCAUGACUGGAAGAAGUUUCCAACGGUUGAAAAUUAAAAACGAUAGCAUAUCCAAUCCAACCAUACUAACUUGGACCCCCAUCCUCCCCAACUUCAAAGGGCAAGAUCUUUUCUGUCUCCUGUUGCUGAAAUGAAGAGCACAAUUACCUUUCCAAGAAGAAUUUCUGUGUUGUAAGCAAAAUGAAAUUGUGCAUUCCUUUUGGGACCAUUUUUUUUUGUCUUGAGAAUUUAAAAACAAAUGAAACACUAUGAUAAAAAGCAUGACCAGAAAAUAAACUUGAGCAUAAUUGUGAAACAGUUAGCUUUCACUGUAGUUUCCAAGUUGAAGUUAAGGACUUUAUCUCACACACUUGCAAAUUUUAAAGUCAUGUUUGUAGCAGGAUUUUUUUCAAGUUUCCUUUUUAAAUACAUUUCCUUAUGUAUUUAAUUGAGCAAAACAAGGGAGUCCUAGCCCAGAGCACCUGGGGGUUGUUAACGCUGUAAAUUUAGUCCCUAAUUUUUUUUUUUAUUUUCUAGUAUCACAGAUAAUUGUUGCACAAAACUUGGCAUAUAUAGGAUAAUGUUAAGCAGUAAGGUAACCAAGCACAUGCUGUAAAAGGUAAUGAAUGCUUGUUUAAAGAAUCCUUUCACCUUCUAUGGAUUACAAAUGCAAUCCUUGGUCCCUCCUGCCCCCUCUUUUUCACCACACUGAUUUUUUUUUUUUUUUUUAAUCUGUUUUGGUUUGUCCACUUGGAAGGGCAGUUUAUAUAUCCUAACACUAUCCUAUAAGUCUCAACAACCAGGAAUCUCUGUUUUCAAAAGAGACCUAUCCUACACUUGGGUAUUGAGUCAAUUCUUUGUGUAUGAAAUGAUGUACAAAUCAAUGUUUUGAAAAUAAUGAUCUUGAACUUUCUAAGUUAAACAGAAAAAAAACCUUUUUUGAUUGUUUGCCAUAUUGGGUGGGUUUACUCUUAGAAUCGCAUGCUGUAGAAAUGCUAAAAAGUGCAUAUUGGACUAAGUCCUUAGAUGUUUUUUCUUUGAAGAAAUAACCUGUUUAAAAACUGUAACCAUUGUCGCUGUAUUCAUUUAUUGUUGCUACUCUGUGCAUAAAUCUAUGAAGAACUCCAGUACAAAGCUAUGCACGUUUUGGAGUAGCGUGAUAAGUCACUUUUUUUUUAAAAAAAAAGAAAGAAACAGCCUGUUCAAACAAUCGCUGUCAAAGAUUCUGGGGUGUGGGAGGAGGGAACCUAGACCAUCUUCUUUAUAAAUCAGUUCCUCACAGCCAGUUCCUCUUGCAGGAUGAGUCCUUUGCAUCUGAUCAGAGUCAUUUUUGUAAUGAGCAGAUUUUCCUGGCUUUCUUUUCAAAUAAAAUGUUAAAAGCAGCAGUGUUUGGACAGCAGAUUGUUCUGUUAAACUUUCCUAUCUUCUCACUGUAUCCAGAAAUGCUCCUUCCUAGCAGCAGUAGUAGCUUUUCUCCAUUUUGUUUUUUCUGCAACAUUCUGUACAAAAAUGUGCUGUAAUUGUGCGUUAGGCCUGGAUUUGGCAUAAAAGAUGAGUUCCCUCUUACUCUCUUUCAUGAAACUACUCUGUAGAGCUUUCUCCACGCCCUGUAUCCCUCUUCACCUUUUGUAUUUAAUUUUAAAGUCAGUGUACUUCAAGAAAGCUGGAUGCAAGAUAGAUACUAUAUUAAAAUGUAAUGUUAUUUAAGAUGUAAUAAAGCAGUUUGACAUGA